AUGGGAUUUCGGGUCCAUGCUGAUGUGUUGAUGCAAGAGAAGACGUCCAUGUUGCCAGAGAAGAUUUUCAAGGGACCUAACUCCGGCUUUGGCAACCCUCGUGUCAUGUACAAACCCACAGAGCUUUUGUCAAGCAAUGCUCGUGUCAACGUUGCUUCGAACUCUAUCGUCAACUGUCGAUCUGUGCCUGGCGUGAUCACUGUUCGCCCGUCGGAAUCGACUCCGAGAUCCUCGGGGUCCAGUAUAGAACCUUGA